GUUAGAAUGCGUGGGAGGGGGGGAGAACGAGGCACUACGCAGCCGUAGAAGUGUCCUCGCGCCGGAUGUGACGCCGCGGUGCCGUGUCUUCCUCCUCAAUCCAAGAUGGCGCCGCCCGAGAGGCCGCUCCGCCUGCUGGUCUGCGGCGACGUGGAGGGCCGCCUGGAGGCGCUCUUCGCCCGCGUCCGCGCCGUACAGAAGAAGAGCGGGCCCUUCGAGCUCCUGCUCUGCGUGGGGAACUUUUUCGGCUCCGCGCGCGAACCCGAGUGGGAGGACUUCCGGGGCGGGGCCAAGAAGGCUCCCAUCCCGACGUUUGUCCUGGGCGCCAACAACGCGGAAACGGCUGGCCAUUUCCCGGACCCUGGCGGCUGCGAACUGGCCGAGAACAUCACUUACCUGGGCCACAAGGGCGUCUUCAGCGGGGCCUCCGGGCUGCAGAUCGCCUACCUGAGCGGCACCGAGUCCACGCAAGAGCCAGCUCCGGCCCACGGCUUCAGCGCCCGCGACGUGGCCAACCUCCGGGCCUCCUUGCUCUCCGCUCCGGGCUUCAAAGGCGUGGACAUCCUGCUGACCUCUCCCUGGCCCAAGGGCAUCCAGGCCUUUGGAAACAGCACGCCGGGCCCCGUCCAGAGCCAGGCGCCCGGCAGCUCCGAGCUGGUCUCCCUCUUGGCUGCCAGCCUCAAGCCCCGCUACCACUUUGCCGCCCUGCAGAAGCUCUAUUACGAGAGGCUGCCGUACAGGAACCAUGCCGUACUCCAGGAAGCCGCCCAGCACGCCAGCCGGUUCAUCGCCCUGGCAAACGUGGGCAACGCGGAGAAGAGCAAGUACCUGUAUGCCUUCAGCAUCCUCCCCAUGGCUUCCAUGGACCCGGCGGAGUUGGUCAAGCAGCCCCAGGACGUCACCGAGAGCCCCUACCGGCAGCCCUGGGGCAGCAAGGGCAGCGCCUCCCACCUCCUGCCAGGCGCAAAGGGAGAAGACACUGAGCUGGCCUCCCAGUUCUUCUUCGACCUGAGCCGGAAGCCCAAGGGCCGGAAGCGGCCGGCGGAAGGAGAGGGGAGAGGGAAGCAGCAGCAGCCCCCGCGCAGCAGGCUUCCCCCCCUCCCGCCGGCCGCCUGCUGGUUCUGCCUGGCCAGCCCCCAAGUGGAGAAGCACCUGGUCGUCAGCAUCGGCUCCCAGUGCUACCUGGCGCUGGCCAAGGGGGCCCUGUGCGCGGACCACGUCCUCAUCCUGCCCGUUGGCCACUGCCAGUCGGUGGUGGAGCUGCCCGGUGACGUGGUGGAGGAGGUGGAGCAGUACAAGGCGGCCCUGCGCAGGUUCUUUGGGUCCCGGGGCAAGCGGUGCGUCGUCUACGAGAGGAACUUCCGCAGCCAGCACCUCCAGCUCCAGGUGGUCCCGGUCCCCCAGCAGCGCUGCUCCGCCGAAGACAUCAAGGAGGCCUUCCUGGCCCAGGCCGAGGAGCAGCGCAUUGAGCUGAUGGAGAUCCCGGAGCAUUCUGCUCUCAAGCAGAUCGUGCAGCCGGGGACACCGUACUUCUACGUGGAGCUGGACAGCGGAGAGAAGCUCCUCCAUCGCAUCAGGAAGAGCUUCCCCUUGCAGUUCGGGAGGGAGGUGCUGUGCAGUCCGGCGGUGCUGGACCUGCCUGGCCGGGCAGACUGGAGGGCCUGCAAACUGGCGCCCGAGGAGGAAGCGGCCGCCGCUCAGGACUUCCGCCGGGCCUUCGAGCCUUUCGACUUGCCCCAAGAGGACUGAGAGGAGAUACCGACACAGAAAGGGGGGGCUCUUGGAGGUCUUGACCCUCGGGACCCACGGAGGGCCGCUCCCUUGAUUCACCUCGAUUCGCUGGCAGCCUUUUGAGGGGGAGCUCGUUCUUCUUCUCUCAGCGAGGAAAGGAGUUGUAAAUACUCAGCAUUUUGCAAGUUUGUAAAUAAAAGACUGGUUCUUACAGACACGCUUCAGCAGAGUUGUCCUGGAAUCAAUGACGUGGUAGGGGAACAUGUAACUCUCCCAACUAUACGUUUCUGAGAUCUUUUAUGAUUCGAUGGCCUCUAGGGCGAUUCCAGCAUUCCGUGAUUCUGGUUCCACGUGGGGCCAUCUGUCGGUCAGGAUUCGGUUGUGUCUUUACGGCAGAAUGGGCCAACUUGGGCCCUCCCUGCAGGCAUUUGGGAUUCCCCUCAGUGUGUGAGGAAUGGUGGGAGUUGGAGUCCAAAACGCCUGCAGGGAGGGCCCAAGUGUGCCUAAACCUUUAUUGUAUUGUUUAAUUGUAUUAUGAUAUGUUGUUUUUAUAUUUUGCUAUAUUGUCUUGACUUGGGCAUGGCCCCAUGUAAGCCGCCCCGAGUCCCCAUUGGGGAGAUGGUGGCGGGGUAUAAAUAAAGUUUUAUUAUUAUUAUUAUUAUUA